AUGGCAGACACCACACCUCCCAGCACAACAGAGACGACACCAGCAGAUCCCAGCCCACAGCCCGAUGCUGUGGUGAAGAAGCGCAUCAUUCGCAAAAAGCGCCGCCCCGCGCGAGUCCAGGUCGAGGCCGACAAGGCCAAAGAGAUCCAGGCCCAGUUCCAGCCCCAGUCCGGAACGACCUACAACAUCUACUACAACAAAUGGGCUGGCGGUGAUCGGGAGGACUCGUCACAGGCAGCAGCUCAGACCAGAUGUAAUCUUGCUCGCGAUUCAGGAUACACCAAGGCCGACGCGCAGCCCGGCGCGCACAUCUGCCUGCACUUUGCUCGCGGACUUUGCCAUCGUGGCCAGGAUUGCGAAUACCUUCAUCGUCGACCGACGAUUCAUGACAUCACCCCCCCGCAGAUGGAUGUCUUCGGUCGCGAAAAGUUUAACGACUAUCGGGACGAUAUGGGCGGUGUGGGUAGUUUCUUGCGACAGAAUAGGACGAUUUACGUUGGAAAGAUUCAUGUUAGGGAGGUUGUCGCGCGUCACUUUGCAGAAUGGGGCGAAAUCGAUCGCAUCCGAGUUCUGACCAGUCGCGGUGUUGCAUUCGUGACCUACAAAACCGAAGCAAUGGCACAAUUUGCGAAAGAAGCGAUGGCCCACCAGAGUCUUGACCACAACGAAAUCCUGAAUGUUCGCUGGGCCACACAGGACCCCAAUCCACUAGCACAGAAACGCGAAGCCCGCCGUAUUGAAGAGCAAGCCGCGGAGGCUAUUCGUCGCGCUCUCCCCGCCGAGUUCAUCGCCCAGAUCGAAGGCAAGGAUGCUCAUGCGAAGAGACAGAAAACCAACUACGACCUCGAGGGCUAUGAUGAGCCGGACCAGGUGCGAUUUGCAGUUGGGCUGCGGAAGACGGAACACAGCCAGCAAGAGCAGCUUGCACUUCCGGCAGCAGAGGACCACCGCCAGCAGGAGGAACCUUCUCAGCCGCAGAUCGAACAGGGCGGUAUCUUCUCCAGCAGCACUUUGGCCGCGCUCGGGGCUGCCCGGGCGUCUGUCUCUGCCAAGCCUCAGCAGGCUGCGCCGGCGGGGCCGUUGGUUGCUUACGAUAGCGACGACGAGUGA